CGUGAAGCCCACAUAGGACAACUUCACUUUUGUCGCUUAUGGUUGACUAAACUGAGUCUCACGCUCUUCUAGUUCCUCGCUUUGGCAUCCUUUACCUCUCUCACCUUUGGAAGCUACAGCUAUUGCCACCCUUGUUUUCUAUUUCACUUCCACCAGAAACUGCAGAGAGACAAAGAGCGAUUUUAAGAGAGAUAAACAGAUAGUACCCAUUUCCACAUUUUAUUUUCCUCUUCUUUUAGUGUUUAUUCAAGUGACUCGUGAAGACUCUGGUUCAAGGGUAUCCAUUUUUAAUUGUUUGCUUAAAAAAUUUGUGGGGUGGACUCUCUCUCUCUCUCUCUCUCAAGAAUCAGGUUAGGUAAGUAUUCAACUUUUGUUGUUUGUGUUGGCAGCUUCUCUGUGCUAUAAUUGCUCAAUCAAUGACUUGGGUUGGUUUUCACUUGAUGCAUAUUAUACAAGGAAUUAAAAAUUAUAAAAAUUUAAAAGAAACGAAUGGAACUUGUAGAGCCAAACAACUGUUCGCUACAAGAAUUUUAUAGAAAAUUUUUAGCAUUCAAAUUUGAGUGAAGGGAAAAAGGAGAAAGGAAUUCUGGGUUUUGUUGAAUUUUUACAUCUGUUGAAGGAAAGGUGCUUGUUUUGUGCAUCGUUGAUCUGAAGAUGAGUUGGAUUUGUGUUUUGUUUUUGAGUUAGAAAAGAGAAUAUAAACUUUCUGGGUGUUCCCUUGUGAUCUGGGAGAUGUCAAAGAGCAGAGAGAAUAGAUGGUUGAUGGAGCAUACCCAUUUGAAGAUGUCAUGGAUUCAAUAUCAAAUCAAGCAAAAAGAUGGUUUUCUGGCAUACCCUCCUCCUCUUUCUCCUUCUUCAAUGUCUCCAUAUACUACUGCUUUCCAUAAAGAAUCAACCCCUUCAUCUUCAUCACCACCGUCUUCUGGUGCAAGAAUUAGCCCUGCAGUUCUUUUCAUUAUAGUGAUUCUUGCAGUACUAUUUUUUAUCUCUGGUUUGCUCCACUUGCUUGUUAGAUUCCUUAUAAAACAUCCAUCUUCAUUGGCUUCUUCUCAAUCUAAUAGAUACCCUGAAAUCUCUGGUCCGGAUGCUCUUCAAAGACAAUUACAGCAGCUUUUCCAUCUCCACGAUUCUGGUCUGGAUCAAGCUUUUAUAGAUGCUCUUCCUGUUUUUCAUUAUAAAGAGAUUGUAGGCCUAAAAGAGCCAUUUGAUUGUGCUGUUUGUCUAUGCGAGUUUUCUGAGAAAGACAAGCUGAGAUUGCUUCCUAUGUGUAGUCAUGCUUUCCAUAUUAGUUGCAUAGAUACUUGGCUGUUAUCGAAUUCUACAUGCCCUCUUUGUAGAGGGACCCUUUUUACUCCUGGGUUUUCCAUUGAAAACCCAAUAUAUGAUUUUGAUGAUUUAAGAGAAGAUGAUGGAUAUCCUGGUAAUGUAGAAAAUGGGUUCCCUUCUGGUAAAAAAACUGUGGAAAUUGAAGAACCUGUUGUUGAAAAGGGGAUUUUACCCGUGAGACUUGGUAAAUUCAGGAGGCUGGAUGAUGGAACAGGGGAGGCAGGAGGGGAGACUAGCAGCAGUAAUUUAGAUGCCAGAAGGUGUUUUUCAAUGGGUUCGUAUCAGUAUGUGCUUGGUGAGUCAGACCUCAGGGUUCCCUUGUGCACUGACCGGCAUCAAUGCGGUGUUAGGCUUGAAAAAGGGGCUGACCAGAUUGGAAGUCUUUCAGUUGAUGAGGACUUGGAGGGAAAGAAGAUUAGUAGUGUGACUAAACAUGAGAGCUUCUCCGUGUCAAAAAUUUGGCUUUGGUCUAAAAAGGGCAGGUUUUCAAGCUCCUCAGAUAUGGGUAUGCCUUCUUCACUUAACAUGGAUUUGUCAUGGAUGGGUAGAACACAAGAACAAUGAAAGGUUUUGGAAAUUAAUAUCCUCAAUUAGCAUACAGUUAUCAAGUCCAUUUUCUUUUGUUUGGUAGGAUUCAGAAACCAUUCCCUCUCUUUCUCUCUCAAUAAUUCUCAAAAUAUUUAAACAUGGACAUGAUCUUAGGGAAAGGACAACAUGCUUUUACUUUAAUUGCCUUUUGAGUCAUUGGGUGAUGGGAAUCUUGCUAUUUCUUUCUUCUUUCUUCAUUUUCUUUGAUUCCUUGCCUGGAUUGAUGCAUAGUUAUUUUGGGAUAUUGUGCUCACUCAUAUUGUGGGUUUGGGCAGUAGUGAUGGUGGGAUCCAUGAAAGCACCAUACAAGAAUUUUGGCAUAAUUAUAUCUAAAUCCCUAGAUUUUUAAAAAAUUCACCAAUUUGUUUCAUUUUCAAAAAAUCUUUCUAUUAAAUAAAUUGUUAGCUAUCUUA